AUGCACCGGCUCGCUCUCCUCUACACGCUCAUCUGCGCAAACUUUUGCAGCUACCGGGACGCUUCUGCAACCCCGCAGAGCGCAUCCAUCAGAGCUUUGCGCAACGCCAACCUCAGGCGAGAUGAGAGCAAUCACCUCACAGACUUGUACCGGAGAGACGAGACCAUCCAGGUGACAGGAAACGGCCACCUGCAGAGCCCCCGCUUCCCGAACAGCUACCCCAGGAACCUGCUUCUGACAUGGCGGCUCCGCUCCCAGGACAAAACAAGGAUACAGCUGGCCUUUGACAAUCAGUUUGGAUUAGAGGAAGCAGAAAACGAUAUCUGUAGAUAUGAUUUUGUGGAAGUGGAAGAUGUAUCUGAAACCAGUACCAUUAUUAGAGGUCGAUGGUGUGGACACAAGGAAGUUCCUCCAAGGAUCACAUCAAGAACAAACCAAAUUAAAAUAACAUUUAAGUCUGAUGACUACUUUGUGGCUAAACCUGGAUUCAAGAUUUAUUAUUCUUUUGUGGAAGAUCUCCAACCCGCAGCAGCCUCAGAGACCAACUGGGAGUCCGUCACAAGCUCUAUCUCAGGGGUAUCUUAUCGUGCACCAUCAGUCACUGACACCGCCCUCACUGCGGAUGCUCUGGAUAAAACAGUUGCACAAUUUGAUACAGUGGAAGAUCUGCUCAAGCACUUCAGUCCUGAAUCCUGGCAAGAAGAUCUUGAGAAUCUGUAUUUGGACACCCCUCAUCAUCGAGGCCGGUCAUACCACGACAGGAAGUCAAAAGUGGACCUGGACAGGCUCAACGAGGAUGUCAAGCGCUACAGCUGCACUCCCAGGAACUACUCAGUGAACCUACGAGAGGAGCUGAAGCUGACCAACGUGGUCUUCUUCCCGCGCUGCCUCCUGGUGCAGCGUUGCGGGGGGAACUGUGGCUGCGGCACUGCCAACUGGAAGUCCUGCAGGUGCGCGUCAGGGAAAACGGUGAAAAAGUAUCACGAGGUAUUAAAGUUUGAUCCCGGCCAUUUCAGGAGGAGGGGUAGAUCGAAGUACAUGGCUCUCAUUGACAUCCAGUUGGAUCACCAUGAGCGGUGCGACUGUAUCUGCAGCUCCAGGCCACCUCGAUAA